AUGUCCGAUUCGGGGCAUAGAUUGAGACCUCUUGCUGUUAGUACGCCAUUGCGAGAAACGGAUCUUGACAGAUCUCACAUGUCUGUUAGAUCAGCUCGAAAACGUCGGCAUAGACCACAACGCAGAGAAGAUAUUGGUACAGAAUUUGUAGUCGCAGUCCCUAGAAAUCUUCCAGGUCCUUCGGCACACAACACAUCAAAUUCGAACAAUCUAAAUACUGCUAAUACAAAUAAUAAUAAUGACGCCCCUCGUGUUCCCUCUCGAUCAAAAAGGAGGGCAAAAUUGGCUAAAUUAGUCCUUGCAGAGAUUCGCUAUUUGCAGAGAACUACGCACCCUCUCAUUCGUCGAGCAUGUUUUGCACGCGUUGUUCGAUCAAUUAGUCAUGAUUGUGAAUAUAGGACUCAGAAUCUACGAUGGCAAGCCGCUGCUUUGGAUUGUCUACAAGAGGGCACGGAGGCAUUUAUUGUGGAUUUUUUCUCCCUUUGUGCUCGUGCUGCUGCGCAUGCUAAACGAGUGACUGUAAUGGUUCGCGAUAUCAAUUUUAUCAUGCAUUUUUAUAAUAAGAAUUUAUCCUUGUAA